UCUGUCAGACCUGGCCCUACCUGAGCAUGAUCAUGGAAAACAAGUUCCGGGAGAAACUCGAGCCCAAGAUCCGGGAGAAGAGCGUCCACCUGAGGACCUUCACCUUCACCAAGCUCUACUUUGGACAAAAGUGCCCCCGGGUCAACGGGGUCAAGGCGCACACUAACCAGCGCAACCGAAGACGGGUGGUCCUGGACCUGCAGAUAUGCUACAUUGGGGACUGUGAGAUCAGUGUGGAGCUGCAGAAGAUCCAGGCUGGUGUGAGUGGGAUUCAGUUGCAGGGCACGCUGCGGGUCAUCCUGGAGCCCCUCCUGGUGGACAAGCCCUUCGUGGGAGCCGUGACCGUGUUCUUCCUCCAAAAGCCGGUCCUGGCAGGGAGGCGGCAGGCCUGGCAGCCCCGGACGUCCCAAGCCGAGGCCUGCGUAGGGCUGAGAGGUGCCCUCACCUGCCUGACACCCCUGUGGAGGUGCCCCCCGCAGCCGGCUGCGUUCUCCAUGCUGCAUCUGCAGAUCAACUGGACAGGCCUGACCAACCUGUUGGAUGCGCCAGGAAUCAAUGAGGUGUCAGACAGCCUGCUGGAGGACCUCAUUGCCGCCCACCUGGUGCUGCCCAACCGCGUGACUGUGCCUGUGAAGAGGGGGCUGGAUGUGACCACCCUGCUCUUCCCUCUGCCCUGCGGAGUGCUCAGAGUCCACUUGCUGGAGGCCGAGCAGCUGGCUCAGAAGGACAGCUUCCUAGGGGUCCGAGGCAAGUCAGACCCCUACGCCAAGGUGAGCAUUGGCCUACAGCAUUUCCGGAGUAGGACCAUCUACAAGAACCUGAACCCCAUCUGGAAUGAGGUAUUUGAGUUUGUAGUGUAUGAAGUCCCUGGGCAGGACCUGGAGGUGGACCUAUAUGACGAGGAUCCCGACAGGGACGACUUCCUGGGCAGCCUACAGAUCUGCCUCGGGGAUGUCAUGACGAACAGAGUGGUGGAUGAGUGGUUUGUCCUGAACGACACAACCAGCGGGCGGCUGCACCUGCGGCUGGAGUGGCUUUCACUGAUCGCCGACCCAGAAGCUCUGAUCGAGGACCAAGGUGGCCUCUCAACUGCCAUCCUCGUGGUCUUCUUGGAGAGUGCCUGCAACCUGCCGAGAAACCCUUUUGACUACCUGAAUGGUGAAUAUCGAGCCAAAAAACUCUCCAGGUUCACCAAGAAUAAAGUCAGCAGAGAUCCUUCUUCCUAUGUCAAGCUAUCUGUAGGCAAGAAGACACAUACGAGCAAGACUUGUCCCCACAGCAAGGACCCAGUGUGGAGCCAGGCGUUCUCCUUCUUUGUGUCCAACGUGGCAGCUGAGGAGCUGCACCUGAAGGUGCUAGACGAUGACCAAGAAUAUGCUCUGGGAGUGCUGGAGUUCCCCCUGUGCCAGAUUCUACCCUAUACAGACCUCACCCUUGAGCAGCGCUUUCAGCUGGACCACUCAGGCCUGGACAGCCUCAUCUCCAUGAGGCUGGUGCUUCGGUUCCUGCGCGUGGAAGAACGAGAGAUGGGGAGCCCAUACACAGGACCUGAAGCCCUAAAGAAAGGUCCUCUGUUCAUUAAGAAGGUGGACACCAACCAGGAUCCCAAAGCCCCAUCCCAGGGAGAGUGCCCUGCAAAUUUGCCAUGCCCCCCAGAUCCUGCUUCUGAUACCAAAGAAACCUGCACGAGCACCAUGACAACCACCAGGGCCACUAUUGUUGCCACCGAGCCCAUGCCCCAAGAGACAGGCCCAGAGCCCAAAGGCAAGGACAGUGCCAAAGGGUUCUGUGAGCCCUUGGGGAAGAAGAGGAGUUCAGCCACCACCUUCCUGACUGUCCCAGGCCCCCACUCUCCAGGGCCCAUCAAGUCACCCAGACCCAUGAAAUGCCCUGCCUCCCCACUCGCAUGGCCGCCCAAGAGGCUGGCUCCCAGCAUGUCCUCGCUCAACUCCCUGGCCUCCUCCUGCUUUGACCUGACAGAUAUCAGCCUCAACCCUGAAGGCGGGGAGCUCAGGCGGCGGAGGCUGGGUGAGGUGCAGCUCACCGUGCGUUAUGUGUGUCUGCGGCGCUGCCUCAGUGUGCUCAUCAACGGCUGCAGAAACCUGACACCCUGUACCAGCAGUGGGGCUGAUCCCUAUGUCCGUGUCUACUUGUUACCGGAGAGGAGGUGGGCAAGUCGUAAGAAGACCUCAGUAAAACGGAAGACCCUGGAACCCCUGUUUGAUGAGACAUUUGAAUUUUUUGUUCCCAUGGAAGAAGUAAAGAAGAGGUCACUAGAUGUCGCAGUGAAAAACAGUAGGCCACUUGGCUCACACAGAAGGAAGGAGCUAGGAAAAGUACUGAUUGACUUAUCAAAAGAGGAUCUGAUUAAGGGCUUCUCACAAUGGUACGAGCUGACUCCAGAUGGACAGCCCAGAAGUUGAUGAGCACCCUCACUACCUUUAUAGUAAAAUGUGUACAUAUGUAUAUUUUGUAAUUUAAAUCAGAACAGCCAGUUGAAAAUAUAUACAUACAUUUUUGUGUGAAAUUUAAGUACAUGACUGGAUAAUAUUAGGGAGAGGUAAAUGUAUAUAAAAGCAAGUACUGUUCUCUCUCAGAUGGAUUUAAUUGUUCAAAUCCAGAAAGAAAUGGGGUAUUCAUACUUAAUAAAUUAUCAGAACCUCAGUGGUGAUUUUUUUAUGUAGGUAAUUACACACCAUAUAACUUGGGAUUUGCCCAAAUGUAUGUGUCCAAAGUGUCCUGUCUCAGACAUAAGGGGUGAAGGAGGUCUGUUCCUGGAGCAACUACCAGUAUUCCUGGGAAGUGACUGACCAAGGGAAGAGGCUUCUUUUAUGGGAAUAAAAAAUGACCCACACUAAAAGUGCCAAAAGCCAACACUACCUAAACCCUUCUGGUCCUUCUGCCACCUCUGGUACUUCGCUGCCAGGAAAUUUGUUCCUGUAUCUACUGUAGAACUAACAUGUACUUUUCUGAUGGCAACAAUGUUAUAGUGAUAUACCUAAAUACCCUGAGUUAAAUACUCCAGUGUGGGAUGGCCUGGCCCCAAACUCCAGCACAUGGCCUCAUUUCCAUAGGAAAAAGCAAACCAAACCCCAAGCCCAGGUCUACAUCUCCACUCCCACAGCACAGCAUGAGAGAAUGCUGCAGAGUGUUAGUGCCAGAAGAAGAAGGAGCUUCUUGCCUGUCUCUCAGAUGGUUUGGCAAUUCUAUUCCACUUUUCUAAGACAUGGCUGGUUCACCUAAAUAGCAUUUAAAAGCAAAAUAUGUAAAUUGCACAAAUGCCUCUUUUGCAUUUCAAACUUUAUAACACCAAAUAUUCUUAUCCUCUCUGUUAUCCUAGAGUUACCCUUGAGUUCGCAUCCUUUUCUCUUCACUCAGGCAACAGCCCCUGCCAUCAGUUUCCUGGUCCCCUCCCCCACACUGCCUUCACUGCUGCUUUUCUGAAGAAUGGUAACAUCUUUAAGUUUCUGUUAUGUUACUCUCACUUAUAAAUUAUCCAUGAUUUCCUGUUUUCUAGAAGAAUAACACCCAAUCCUUAAUUUGUCCUUUAAACCUAACAAUCUAGCCCCCAGUGUUUUACAACUUUAUGUGCAGAUGCUCUAUUCCAGAAUAGUCUAUGUAUCAUAUCCUGCCUACUCAAAUCCUAUCCUCUUCAAAAGCCUUGUCUCAAAACCCACCUCUGUUGUGCCAGUCCACACUGAAAUGGCCUUUCCCCCACCUCCUACAGCAUUUACUGUCAAUGCUGUGUAUUUUUUAAUAAUUCCCUGCCUUGUAACAUGUAAUUAUUAAAAAGGCUUAUUAGGUAUCUAUGAAGAUCACAUACUAGGCAACUACGCAUAUUGUUUGAAAUUUAAUGUUUGUUUACUGUCCAUCCAGUUGAAGUUACUGUAAUUGAUUUUCAGCCCCCAUCAUCCAGACUAUGCUAAGUACAUGGUAGAUGUGUAAUAAAAUUUGUUUCUGCUAA